CCCCCGCACACUGCGCACACCGUUUUUUCCUCAACCAAAAGUGCUGGUGGUGUGAACGAUUGGUGGCCAGUGCUUUUUGGUUUGACCUCGCAUCAUCACGACUUGGUCUGUCGCUUGCCCGCUCGCUCGCUGACGCUGUUCUCCGCGACACCGAGCAGUGACAGCUAAGCAGCUGCGGCUCGGAAGCAGCUCAGAAGCAUUCAUACACAACCGCAUAUCCAGACAAGUACACAGAGAGAGGCACACGCGCACACGCGCACACGCACACGAACAGCUCCUCCCGCGCAUUGCACGGGAAGAAGCAAACGCACAAGAAGGAUGCUGGACAACGUGCAGGCCGCUGCGCAAUGCAGCGAUGAGGACUGGCAGCAACUGAUGGACCAAGAGGUUGCGCGCUUGGCAUUCGAGCGCAUCUCCUCGAAGCUCGACGGUCAGGAGCAGGAAAUCAACAGCCUCAAGGAGGCGCUUGCCGAGAAGGAGAACGCCAUGCUCAUCAGCGAGCAAAAGUUCGUUGAGCUGGAAGAGCGUGCAGCACAACAAGAAGCAAAGCUUCAGUCGCACACGGCAGUCGAAGCCACAUUGAAGGAAGUCGCCGCAAAACACGAAAAGGCCGCGAAAGAAUGCCAGGACCGUGUGGCUGAGCUGGAACAGGUGCUUGACAAGGCCCGGUCGGACGCCAACAACUUCUCGAACAAAAUUGACGAGCUGCAAGAGGACUGCUCCAAGCUUGUAGAGCAGAAGCAGCGCAAGCAGCGCGAAAUCGAUGAGCUGGCUGAGGACAACAAGCGCCUCUUUGACAAGAACAUUGAGCUGCAGCGCGAACUGGAGAAGGCACAAAGCAGCGUGGAGGAUGUGCAAGGACAGGAAAAGGCACAGCAGUUGCGCGAGGGUCGGCUGACGCAGGAGGUGGAGCUGCUCCACCAGCAGAACAAGAGCUUGACGGAGCAAGUGGAGGAACUGUCCACAAAGCUGCUCCAGCAAUCACGCGAGCACUCGUCGACCUCGCUGUCGUUGCAGCAGGAGCUUGACGCUGCCCGGGCGGAGGUGAACGCCCUGCGCGAGGCAAAGAAGAGUCAGGAGACGCGCGUGGGCCAUCUCGAGAAGCAGGCGGCAACCGCGAGCCAGGAGCUGCUGGAUCUGCGCAACGAGAUGGCAGACCUCGAGCAGCACUCGCAGCGCGAGAUUACAAACCUCAACAAGCUGGUUGGUUUGCACAAGGAGGUUGCCGCAGACGCCCAGGCAAAGGUUGACGAGCUGAGCGCAUCGCUUGCGUCACUGCGCACGCUGCUGCGCGACGCCCAGGCCGAGACGGAGACGGUGCGGCAGGAGCGCGUGCACGAGAUUGAGGAGCUGCGCAAGGCCGUGCGCUCCCUCGAGGAGCAGAACAGCAACAUCAAGGCCGAGCUUGCGAACGCAAACGACCUGCUGCGCAAGAGCAAGGUGGUGGAGGAGGACCCGGCCAGCAUGCUGUCGCCAUCCGCCGCCGUGGCCAGCACCGCGCUCAAGGAGGGCAUGUCACUCACGGAGAUGUGGACCGAGCUCGUCAACACGCGCAAGGCGCUCAUGGUUGAGCGGCAGGAGGUGACGCGCCUGGAGGAGUUCCUGCAGCAGAUUCUGCAGGACGUGGAGGCCAAGGCGCCGCUGUUCCAACGGCAAAAGGCGGAGCUGGAGCAGUGCGAGCUGGCCAAGCGGCAGCUGACAGCGAGCCUGGAGGAGAGCCACCGGGAGUACGAGCAGCUGGAGACCGCAUGGCGCAAGGAGCAGUCCCGCGCAACGCGGCUGCAGAGCGUGAACCAGCGCAUGGAGGGCACCGUGGCAGACCUGUCUGCGCAGAUCCAGCAGCUGCUUGCGCGCAUCACGGAGCUGAGCGGCGGGACGGUGACCACAGAGCCGCUCGCCGCAGAGGACGCGGCGCAGCAGAGCAUGGACUCGCUCAACGCAGACCUGGUCGCCGUGGACAGCAUCCGCACCCUGCAGGAGCAGAACGUCAAGCUCAUGCUCAAGGUGCGCGAGCUGAGCGACCAGAACACGCAGGAGGCCGAGCGGGCGCGGGCAGCAGCAAACGAGGAGCUGGAGAAGCAGCUGCAGGAUGCGCUGGAAAACCUGCAGGAGCUGCGCCAGGCCCGCGAGCGCCACCAGCACACGGUCGACGCCCUCACCAAGCAGCGCGACAUGUUCAAGGCGCUGUACUCGGAGGCGUGCCUUGCUGUGGGCAAGGACCCGGAAACCACCACCCGCCUCAUCAUGUCGCCCUCUCAACAGCAGCGACAGCAACAGCAGCAGCGGCAACAGCAACAGCAGCGCACACCAUCGCACGCGUCUGUGCCGACGACACCCGCGGGCACAGGCGGUGCUGGCUCGAGCAUGCUGCACACGCCGCCAUCGCGCGGCGCAGACAACAGCCGGCUGCUGCGGGAGUUGCAGGCUGACUUUGAGGCGUACAGGAAGGAACGGCAGGAGACGGACCGCAUGCUCAACGAGGAGCUGGAGAAGGCGCGGCAGCAGGCCUCCGACGCCCGCAUGGAGAACGCAAAGCUCAGCGCCCACAACGACUACCUCGGCGACCGGUACAAGGACCUUGAGUCCUCUGUCAAUGCGCUGCGGGCGGAGAACAAGCGGCUGCUGGACAAGUCGACGCAGUCGGCCAAUCUGCUUGUUGAGGCGCAGACGAAGCUGCAGGCGGCCCAAACGCGCGCCGCAGAGGCAGAGGACAACCUGCGCCGCCUCCAGAUCCAACACGACUCGAUGAAGGAGCGGGUGUCAAUGCUUGAGGGCAGCGAGGCGCGUCUGCGCCAGGAGAACGACUACCUGCUGGCCGAGCGGAAGAGCCAAAACACGCUCCUCAAGAGCCUGCAGAUGCUGCAGCAGGAAAUGAAGCGCUCGGAGGAAGACUUGAAGCGAAGCUUUUCGUCGAAGAACGAGCAGCUUGAGCAGGAGAACACGCUUGCGAAGAAGCAGCUGGAGGAAGUGCGACAGCAGCACAGCGCCAGCAUUGCCCGCGUCAACGCUGAGCUUGAGCAGGCGCGCCAGGCCAUCUCCAACGAGAAGACCGCCCACCAAGCCACACGCGAGGAGCUGAUCUCAGUCAAGGGCCAGCUGGAGGCGAUGGAGAAGGAGCUGCAAUCGAAGCAGAAGCAGCUCGAAAACGCCGAGAGCAGGCUCGACCUCAUGCUGGCCGGGCAAGCAAAGGAAGCGCAGGACGACAGCAGCGACAAGACGCUCUCCGAACAGCUCAAGGCGACGAUGGACCAGCUGAAGCAGGCGCAAGCCGAGCUAAAGGCCGCCAACGAAUCCGUUGCCCAGUACAAGGCCAUCAGCGCCGCAAGCGAGGCAGCCUACAAGGACCUCUCAGAUAACACCGAGCAGCUCAAGAAGGAGAUGACUGCCCGCCAAACGAAAUAUGAGGCCGACGUCAAGACACUGCAGGCCGAGAUUGAGGAGCAUGAAAGGCGCAAUGCAGAGCUGCAUGAGAAGCUGGAGCAGGUUGAACAGGACCUGCUCACUGCGCGCAAGGAGAGCACGCUCAAGCUGUCUGAGGCUGAGGCCAAGCUUGCAGCGGCAGAGAAGGCCGAGGCAGACGCCCGCAGCCACGAGGCUGAGGCCGUCGCUCACUCAAAGAAACAGCAAGAGCUGCUCAAGGAAGCAUCGCAAAAGUACGAGGUGGAGAUGCUCAACCAUGCAAAGGAUGUGGACGAGCUUCGCCGCGUCCGUGCCCAGCUCGAGGAAACACAGCAGCAGCAUGCCAAUGUCAAGGCUGAGCUUGAAACGGCCAAGGGUGAGGCCGCGACUGCAAAGGCCGCCCUUGAGGAGCAGCGCAAGCACUUGACUGAGGACAUUGAGCGCUUGACAACGCGCCUGCAGGACACGGAGGCGCAGAACAAGACGCUCCACUCGCACAUUGACGAGAUGAACGCCAAGCUCACGUCCCUCCAGCACUCCCGCCUCAGCGCCGAUGACUCGAUUGCCGGUAAGGAGGAGGCUGCGUCUGCGUCGGGCGACUCUGCUUCAUCGCAGGAGCUGUGGGACAUUGUGCGGCACCACCGCAACCGCGCGGAGAUCUUCGAGACAGAGUGCGAGCAGCUGAAGCUCGAGAUCAACCGCCUCACGCAGCAGAUUGGGCACCUGCAGAAGCAGCUGGCACAGACCAGGGAGCAGCUGAAUGCACAGCGCGAGCGCAGCAACGAACAAGCUCUCACCGCAGCACAGCACCGCGAGCUCAUGGAGAAGGUGGAGAAGCUGAACCUGUUGGAGGACAGCAACAAGUUGCUGCGCGAGCAGCUCAACGAGUCCGACCAGAAGCGCCAGGAGUCGGAGAAGAAGCUGCUGCAGGCCGAGCUCCGCCUCAAUCCGCUGCAGAAGCGCGUGCAAGAGCUGGAGCGGGAGGCCGUCGUGCUGCGCGAGGAAAAGCGAAACGCCGAAAAGUCCGAGCAGACCUGCCAGCGCCGUAUCCAGGCUAUCCUCAACAUGUACAACUCCGUUGACCCAGAGCAAAUCAAGUCGCUGCAGGAGAAGGAGACCAUGUGGGAGUCGACUCGUGCUCUUCUCGAGCAAGAAAUCAGAGACCUCAAGGCCGAGCAGACGAAGAAAGAGGAAGAGCACAAGGCUGAGACAGCGGCCAUUCAGGAGAAAUACGACAAGCUCCUGGAGCAAUUCCGGCGACUGCAGUCGGUGUCGCGGCGCAUCCGCCAGGAGCAGCAGGCCAACACCAAGGAGAAGGAGGCCCUGCAGGCGAAGGUUGCGGCCGCAGAGCAGCGGCUGGCGCAGACCAAGGAGACACUUGAGGCCGACCUUGCAAAGGCGCGGGAGGAACUCGAGGUCUCUCGCAAGGCCACGGCCGACGCCAUCAAGGAGGCAGACAGUGGCGCCCGCUGGCAGCAGCUUCGUGGCAGAUUCAGCCAGCUGGCGACAAAGGCAAAGACGCUGGCCAGCGAGCGCACCAAGUUUAAGGAGGCGGCAGACACGGCGCAGGCGCAGGUGCAGGAGCUGACGGAGAAGCUCAAGACCUCCCAGGAGGCAGUGGCAAAGGCAGAGACGCGCGCAAGGAUGCUUCAGCGUCAGGUGGAGCAGCUGAAGAAGCAGCUUGCAGCCAGCACUGCGCCAUCCACAGCGCCAGCAACGCCAGCGGCACCGGCACCGGCAACAACGGCGCCCGCCACCCCUGCUACGACUGGUGCCGCCGCUGCUGCUGCUGCUGCGCGUCGCCGCAAGUCGAGUGCGAGUGCGAGUGCAAAGGCGUCGGCGGUGGGCACACCGGCUGCCGGCACAGCAGCUGCGAAGAAGCGCCGCGCCUCAUCAACCGGGGAAGAUGCAAGCGCAGCUGCAGGCACAGGUGGUGUUGCUGCCAAGCAAGCCAAGCUCAAGCAGGCCCCAACGCCAACAACAGCAGCCGCAGCACAGCCACGCCCAGUUCGCAAGGCUUCCGAGGUGCACGUUGAUACGCCAAUGCCAAAGCGCGCACAGCAAGGAAAACGGGCCAAGCCCACAAAGCCCGUGGCGAUGCCGUCGUUUGAGGAAGAGGGCGCGGGUGAACUUGCUGCCAAGAAGAGCAAGCUCGCAGCGGCACUUGCCCGCGAGAAGGCCGCAGCCGCAAAGGCAAAGGAGGAAGAGUCAAAGAAGGAAGAGGCACACAAGGAACAAGCUGCUAAGCAACCCUCGCCCCAAGCUGAGGAGGAAGAGGUUGUGAAGAUGGGCGAGGACGUGGUGACCGUGGAAGAGGAGGAGUCGGCCGCGCCACCAGCUGCUGCUGAGGAAGAAGCAGAGGAGCAGCCCGAGCCGACCACGCCUGUUGUUGAGGAAGUGGCGGCGAGCGAGGGCGUGCCAGAGGCCGCGCCCGCAGCGCAAGAGGAGGAACCCGAGGUGGAGGAGGUUGAAUCUGCUGAGGAGGGCGAAGCAGAGCAGCCGGCAGAGGCAGCUGCUCCAGCUCUCGAGGAGGUGGAAGAGGUGGAAACAGGGGAGCAGGCCCAGCCCGAGGAGGAGAAGGAAGCAGAGGCAACUGCGGAGGCAGGGGAGGAGGUGACAGAGGAAGCGGAGGGUGCAGCAGUUGCGCAGGAGGAGGAGGAACAGGAAGAACAAGAAGAGGAAAGCGAAGACCAGCAGGGCGCGAUGAUGGCAGGCGAACUUGAGGCUCUGGAAGAGGAAGCAGAGGAGGAAGAAGAGCACGAGCCGUCGCUUGCGGAGGAGCUGGCCGAGGCGGCAGGGGAGGAGGCCAUGGAGGGAGCGCUGCACGACCAGCAGGACGCCGCGACAGCGGGUGCUGCCGAGCAAGAACAGGAGCAGCAGGACGAGGGCGAAGAGGAGACAGCGGCAGGUGAGGAGCAACAGGAGGAGGGCGAGGGUGUGGUGGAAGAAGGCGCAGAGGACGAAACAGCGCCAGCAGCGGACGGAGAAGCAGUUGAGCAAGAGGAGGAUGAGGAAGAGGGUGAGGCCGAGCCGCAGAUGGCAGAGGGCGAGGAGCCAGCAGAGGAAGCGGGCGAAGCGAUGGAUGAGGGCGACGAGGAGGCCGCAGGCGUGGCUGAAGACGAAGAAGAGGAAGCAGGUGGCCAAGAGGAGGCGGAGACUGGUAUGCCUGAGGACGAGGGUGAAGACGACACGGAAGGUGCCGCCGUCACAGAGGAAGGCGGAGAGGCAGGGCAGGACUACCCCGAGGAAGAGGGAGAGGGCGAGGAGCAAGGCGGCGAGGAGGAGGAGGAGGAAGCAGGGAUGGGCAUGGAGGAGGAAGAGGACGAAGGUGCUGGUGAGGAAGACGAAGCGAUGGAGGAAGGUGAGACCGCUGAGGAAGGUGAGGCAGGCGCACAAGAAGCGCAAGAGCCUGAGGAGGGACUCACAGAUGUCCUCGACAUUGAAGAGCAGCAUGAUUUUGGCGAGGACGAAGGCGGUGAUGAUGAUGCCUCAGCAACAGGCACCGCUGGUGACAAUGAUGACGGCGACGACAAUGAUGACGAUGCUGGCGACGAUGCAACACAAGAAGGCGAGGGUGAGGAGGGUGCUGGUGAUGGCGACAACGGUGACGAUGAUGAUGAUAACGACGCAACAGAUGGAGCGGCGAGUGCAGCCGCCACCACACCUGCCAAGACAACCAGUGCCACGCCAGCGACGCCAGCAACAACCGGAAGAACGUACCGAGUUCGCAACCCGAUUGUGAUGACGCCCCAACCAGAGCAGCAGCAGCGCCCGUCGUCUGCACCGGCCGGGGCCCAGCGCGGGAGUCGUGGCCGCGGGCGCGGUGGCCGGGCCGGUCGCCGUGGACACGGCCGUCGCUUCAAGCGCCGCGGACAGGGUCGCCAGUGAACUUGAGUGAAGACGGGAGAAACCUUGUGUAUGGUUGUUGUGUGUGGUUAUGUUUGAGCAUUUCGUGGUGCCUCCUUGUUGGAUACGUCAACUUCAGUUAGUCGUAUGGUGUUCCCACACCCUGUGUGUUUGUUGCUUACGUUUACUCGCCAGUUCAAUACACAACAACAAGCACAAGG